CAUUGAGCCAGUGGCUACCCAUUCUCCUCUCCCCCAGUCCUUGGCAACCACAACCUAUUUUGUUUUACCUUCUGUUGCACUAUAGUUUCAUACAUAAAAGUGCAUAUACCACAAGUACACUGGCAACCAAAAAACAGGAUGAGGAAGGGAGUAUUUGUAAGUGUUAAUAUGGAGGCUCUAUUUUUCUUUGCAGAGCAAGUUGCCAGCUCUAAUAGUACAGAUUUACCUUCUCUUAAGUGUCACAUUAUUUCAGUUGAUAAUUUUCUGUUGACUGGCUGGGGACUAGCUCAGAGCUAGCAAGUGUCACCCAGAGCAUAAUAAAGCACUGUGUAGUAAUGCGUCACAAGACUGUUUUUGCAUAGAGCUUAGCCAAGGCUUUUGGAACCGCCCUCAGUUGCACCUUGUGCUAUAUUAGUACUUCUCAGACAGGAAGAAUUUUCUUUCGCUGGUGUAGCUGGUCCGGUUACUUUCAGGUGUAUAUCCAAGCCCUGCAUCCGUGGAUAUUGCUUACCACCUAUGCUGUUGUUCUAGGACAAAUUCAAGGACAGAAGAACUCAGAGUACCCUUAGGAAGAUUGGAUAACCAAGAAAUGCCUAAUCAAGACUCUGCUGUGCAUGUGAAAAUGAUGCCAGAAUUCCAGAGAAGUUCAGUUCGAAUCAAGAACCCGGCAAGAGUAGAAGAAAUUAUCUGCGGUCUUAUUAAGGGAGGAGCUGCCAAACUUCAGAUAAUAACAGACUUUGAUAUGACACUGAGUAGAUUUUCCUACGAAGGCAAAAGAUGCCCAACAUGUCAUUAUGUCAUUGACAACAGUAAGCUGGUUACAGAUGAAUGUCGGAAAAAGUUAAUGCAACUAAAGGAAAAAUAUUAUGCUAUUGAAAUUGAUCCUGUUCUUACCAUGGAAGAGAAGUACCCCUAUAUGGUAGAAUGGUAUACUAAAGCACAUGGCUUGCUUAUUGAACAGGCUUUACCAAAAGCUAAACUUAAAGAAAUCGUGGCAGAAUCUGAUGUUAUGCUCAAGGAAGGGUAUGAGAAUUUCUUUGAUAAGCUCCAACAAUACGGUAUCCCUGUGUUCAUAUUUUCGGCUGGUAUCGGUGAUAUACUAGAGGAGGUGAUCCAUCAAGCUGGCGUUUAUCACCCAAACAUCACAGUAGUGUCCAACUUCAUGGAUUUUGAUGACAAUGGGGUGCUCAAAGGAUUUAAAGGUGAACUAAUUCAUGUAUUUAACAAACAUGAUGGUGCCUUGAAGAACACAGAAUAUUUCAAUCGGCUAAAAGAUAAUAGCAAUAUAAUUCUGCUGGGAGAUUCCCAAGGAGAUAUAAGAAUGGCAGAUGGAGUAGCCAAUGUUGAACACAUCCUGAAAAUUGGAUAUCUAAAUGAUAGAGUGGAUGAGCUUUUAGAAAAGUACAUGGACUCUUACGAUAUUGUUCUAGUAAAAGACGAAUCACUGGACGUAGCCAACUCUAUCUUACAGAAGAUUCUAUAAACAAGCAUUCUUCAAGAAGACCUCUGUGCUGUGGGUGCAAUUGAUGCAGGAACUGCUCACCUGUUCAUCUUGCUGAAAGACUUCUAUUUAUAAUACAUUCUUGCUCUUGACGUUUUUUCUCUACGUUACUGAGGUAUUUUCAGACAUACUGAAUCCAUCAACUGGAAACUCCUUUUUUCCUCACCUCUCUCAACACACUCCUCAACUAUAUUUUUUAACAGUUAAAAAAAAAAAAAAAAAAAAACCUUAAAGGUAAAAUUUGAAAAAUAACUCCAUGAAUUAAUUUCCAGAGUGAAUUUUGUAGUUUAAUGUUAUCAUGAGGUUUUUGCGGAAACUUUUUACUCUGGGAAAAAAGUCUGUAUAAGUUUAAAAAGAAGUUUUAUGAAAUGGUGAAAUAAUGUGCAUGAUUUUAAGUGUUGCUGUUUUUGUCAUGUGGGUGAAUUAUGCUGAUGAUAUCACCAUCUCCUGAAAUUGUAUUGUUUGGUUAUUUUGUUCUUGAAAGUCAGUAUUUAUCAGAAAAUAAUGGCACUUGGUGUUUGAAAAACCAUUGGUAUCCACAUAUCACUAAUCAUUACAAAAUGUUCUAUAUUGAUGCACUGAUAAUACACAUGAAAUGAAAAGCCUUUUAAAUAGUACUGUCAAGACCAUUGUUGUUCAUUUAUUCAAGAAAUAUUUAUUAAGCU